UGUUCUUGUGACCGCUGAGAGCGCCGCAUGGAGGCGACGCUGAAGAACUUGUCGAGUACGAUCGAGUUGCUGGCGGUAGCGGCGCGGAGCGGUGACGUGCGUCUGUGGGAUCGACAGUCUCUCUCUCGGGCUUUUCACUGGGCCUGCUACUGCGAGCACCUUUUCUCCAAAUACCACCAAAACCCCCAAAUUAGGGGAAUUAUGGAGAUUCAACUGCAGCACACUAAUAGUCGUUUGCGAGCUGUCUUUGCUGACUAUGCUGACCUCUCUUUUUUGGACCUGUCACAUUGCCAGCACUUGUUGCUGACAGGGCUGCUGAACAACCCUAAUCUGCCCCUCUCCAUUAUGAAGAUACUCUUUGACACCACAAAACCAGCGCAUGUCAAACCAGGAGAGUAUCAGGAUUCCACUGGACUUUGCAGUCGCAUCAUUCAAUGCAAAUCUGCUCAUAAAAUCUUGAGUCCACUCACAUGUCACUCAGGAGUGAGUGCGGAGGUGCAGGGCACCUUUUUGAACAAGAGCCUUCACACCCUGUUGAGCCAAGGCGGCGAACCCUGCCGGGCACAGUGUUUUCUUGACACUGUCCUCCAAGGAUGCAAAGGAGCAGAACAUUUUUAUCUGGUCCUCGCUGCCGCUUUGCUGACUGGAGAAAACGCACACGCACAAACUGCUUCAGUGGAUUUUCUCCAGGAUUGGCUCCAGCAAAAUCACAGCCUGCUGCAACACAUGUGCUUCACACUGCCUACAUCUAUUCUUAAGAACCUGGCAAGAGAACAUAUUAAAUUCAGGGACAUGUACUGUGCUGUUCUUAAAAAGUGGGCCGCAGAUAUGGAGUACUGCGUCGAUGAUGGAGAAUGGACGCAAAGCGCCACAAGUACCACAGUGUCUUUUCAGGAAGUGACUGAGCGUUUUGUGGUCUUGUUCGAGGCUUGUCCCACUCUGAGGACCACCGUAGAAAAAGAACUGAAUGAUUUGAGGAUAUCCGAUGGAGACUUUGAUGUCAGAGGACUAAGCGUGUGGGGAGACCUCUUAACAGAAAUACGCAAGUGUCAGUUGCAGCUUGAUGGAUAGUUUGAAAAAUGUCAAAUUCAGCAUCUGCUACACAUUUAUUCUAAAAUCUCAUAGAAAUUAUUCAGCAUUUCUUUUUUGGUUUCUCCACUGUAAAAUGCUCAGAGAAACAAAGUCCUGAAUGAAUCUAGAGAAUGGGGAAAAAUAAA